GGGUGAGGCAGCCUCUCAAUCGACACGGCCGCGUAUCUACGGCCGCGGCGUACAUAAUACAUCCUCGUUCCGGCAUUCUCUGGAUACGUGUCCGUCCGUCACCGUGCGUCCCCGUGUGCCGUGUGUGUUCCCCCGCCUGCGUGUUGUCAGUCACCAGAGCUUAGCCGCUUAGCGCUCACGGCACACAUCACGAAUUAUAUAUGGGGAUUGUCCGCCGUCGCCGCGUCUCGCUGGUGAGAUCAUCUCUCGUACGCGCGUAAAGGGCGCCCGGCCCGGUCGUCGGCGCGCCUUCGCUCGUUCAGGAACGGACAAACAUGCUGCGUCGGGGACGGCAGUUGCUCUGCCUUCUGGCGCUCGGCCUCCUCGCGCCCGCGGCCCGCGCCGACGAGCACAAUCACGUCUACGAGGAUGGCGACGAGGUCGUGCUAUGGAUGAGCACCGUAGGGCCGUAUCACAAUCGUCAGGAGACGUACUCCUAUUACUCCCUACCCUUUUGUACAGGCACCAAGAAUGUCAUUAAUCAUUACCAUGAGACUCUGGCAGAGGCUCUACAGGGCAUCGAGCUGAAGUUCAGUGGCUUAGAUAUCGAAUUUAAAGAGGAUAUCUCGAAGACAGAAUACUGCCAGAUAAGUUUAAAUGAAGAGAGCCAGAAGGCGUUUGCAUAUGCGAUAAAGAAUCAGUAUUGGUAUCAAAUGUACAUUGACGAUUUACCAAUAUGGGGGGUUGUAGGAGAGAUGGAAAACAAUGACGGAGUUGCGGUAUCAGAUUCCUAUUACAUCUGGGCGCAUAAAAAGUUUGAUAUCGGAUACAACGGUAAACAAAUAGUGGAUGUUAAUCUGACUAGCGACAACAGAGUGAAACUGGUGCAGGGCGCACGUAUACCUUUUAGCUACGAAGUCAAUUGGAAAAAGAGUAAUAUCAAAUAUGAGGAUAGAUUCGACAAGUAUCUGGAUCCUAAUUUCUUUCAGCAUAGGAUACACUGGUUUAGCAUUUUUAACAGCUUCAUGAUGGUAAUUUUCCUUGUCGGGCUUGUCUCAAUGAUUUUGAUGCGCACUUUGAGAAAGGAUUAUGCUAGAUAUAGCAGAGACGAGGAAAUGGACGAUAUGGAAAGGGAUUUGGGCGACGAGUACGGUUGGAAACAGGUACACGGAGACGUGUUCAGGCCUGCGAGUCAUGCUAUGCUCUUCUCAGCUCUCAUAGGCGCAGGCUAUCAGGUCACCGUGGUGGUAUUGAGCGUAAUUAUCUUCGCUAUCCUGGGCGAACUCUAUACGGAACGCGGUUCAAUGUUGUCAACGGCGAUAUUUGUCUAUGCCGUCACGUCGCCUAUCAAUGGUUACACGGGUGGCGGACUGUACGCGCGGAUGGGUGGACGCGUGUGGAUCAAACAGAUGAUCAUCAGCGCUUUUAUGCUGCCGCUCAUGGUCUGCGGCACCGCUUUCUUCAUCAAUUUCAUCGCCAUGUAUUACCACGCUAGCAGAGCGAUACCCUUCGGAUCCAUGGUUGCGGUGACGUGUAUCUGCAUAUUUGUGAUAUUACCGCUGACGCUGGUAGGUACCAUUCUAGGCCGUAAUCUCGCUGGGACACCGGACGCUCCGUGCCGUGUGAACGCAGUGCCACGACCAAUACCCGAGAAGAAAUGGUUCAUGGAACCGCUAGUGAUCAUAAUGCUCGGCGGCAUCCUACCCUUCGGUUCGAUCUUCAUUGAGAUGUACUUCGUCUUUACCUCAUUCUGGGCGUACAAGAUCUACUACGUCUAUGGUUUUAUGUUACUAGUGUUCGUUAUUCUCAUGAUAGUGACGGUAUGCGUCACUAUCGUAUGUACAUAUUUCUUACUGAAUGCCGAAGACUAUCGAUGGCAGUGGACGAGCUUUCUUGCAGCGGCUUCGACGGCCGGUUACGUCUACAUUUAUUCCUUUUACUACUUCUUCUUCAAAACUAAAAUGUAUGGUCUCUUCCAAACGGCGUUUUAUUUCGGCUACAUGGCAUUGUUCAGCUUGGCCCUAGGUAUCAUGUGCGGAACGGUCGGAUAUAUCGGUACCAACGCAUUCGUGCGAAAGAUAUAUUCCACAGUCAAGAUAGACUAAAAGUACAUCACUGAUUAAAGUAUUCGCAUCGUGGAUUGUACGAUGUAAUUCCUAAAACUGCGCGCGCGACACUCGCUGCUCUCAACGAAAUGAAGUAUAUACUUCAUUUGUCCGAAGUAGCUGUCCGUCACGUCGAGAGUGCGAUUCUUGGUUUUUUUCAGCUUUACUCAUCAUCGACUUAAUUAAUAUCCACUCUAGAAGCGGCACGACGUGUGUCCCUCGAUGUAUUAUUACUCUUCCAACGGGAACUCACGCCGUCGCAUGUCUAUCGUUAGAUAUUCGAACGUCUUCAUCUCGUAUUCGUUCGUUUGUCCCUUUUCUUUCCAGUCGUUUCUCGCUAUUCGAUGCAAAUAAAAGAUGCGCUGUAAAUGGAUCCUACUGUAUUGGUACGCGUACUGUAUUGCGCGUGUCGCAAAUACAGUCACUUGUCAAUAAUAAAAUAAUAAUUGUAAGUGUUAGUCGAAUCCCAUGUGCGAGUCCGAGCUA